ACUCAGAGUUCGGUUGAUAAAUGAGUUUCUCUCUCACCUUUUUUAACUAACAUAUGCUGGGUCUGUUUAUGGAAUUCAAAAAUGAAGAACCUAUUGGGCCGGUGUGCUGAGGGAGUGGUUUUUCUUGGUAUGUCAGGCUCUAUUCAAUCCAGAGAUUGCCUUUUUUCGCAUUGCCCAAAUGAUCACAAAAGGUUCUUUCCUAAUCAUGCGUCUAAGGUGCAUCAAUUGCACCUUGAUUACUUCAGGUUUGCUCGCCGUGUGAUUGCUUUGGCCUUGAUGCAUAAAGUGUCCCGACAAACCCCCCCAAAGCCACCGACUUCCUCUUCCUUUGAAAACCGAAAAAGGGGCUUGAAAUUCUCCUUCUUUCUUGUUCAAUCACAAGAUUUGGGGCUUAGAAUCUUCUCCCUCAACCCAGAAAAUCCCGGUCCUGCUCUGCUCUUCUCCCUUGUCCGCCGGCUGCUAUGUGGGUGUGAGAGUUUGGGCUUUUUUCUGGUAAGAUCUAACCAUGAAUCCCUCUCUUUCACCUUGAUUUAGGUUGGGUUUACUUUAAUUGCUCUUGUUCCUCCAAUUUUUGGGUAGUUUCGGUUAACGAUUAACGGGAUUUAAAGGUUUAGUUUGUGAUAUAAGAAUGAAAUUGGAGAUGUUCGGUUAUGUGGAGAUUGAUAGAAAUAGCACUGUGAUUGGGGGUAGUGUUGAUGAUGAUUUCAGUUUGAAUCUAUGGUAGUCCGGUAUUAAUUCUGAGGUGUUUUGAUUAGGUUUUGAUCGUUCUGUCACCGUAGCACUUGGGUUAGCCUUCUGUUCUGUGCGAGUGAGGUAACGAAACCGAGGACGGGGAAACCGAGGGGAGUGACGAGUUAGAAGGCUAGCCAUUCUAGUUGGAUAUAAGUUUUAGAUUUUAUCAUCCUUUUGUAAGUGAGAUUUUAUUCUUGAGAUUUGUGAUUUGAAUAAGUUCCGAGCCUUGUGCAUUUGUGGAACCCGUCUCACGAGUGCACGGCGUCUGUCGUGCCUCGAAUUCGGGUUUUGGGGCGUGACAGAUUUAGUG